ACAUCAGAUUAGAGUCUGCGCAGACCGCCCAGCACUAUGGGAGCUGCCCUAGCUCCUCCUCCUGCAUGAGGAGGGCUGCGUUUGUGGCUGUACCAGUAAGGUGGACGGACUCUUGAUGGAGAAGAGUGAUGCUAUGGCAGCGAUAAUGAACCAACAAGGGAGAGUCAGUCCUGGGACUGCAGCCCCAGCAGAAGGGAGAAGCUGUUCCCGCCUGAGCCCCUGGGUCUUCCUUGUUUCUGCCCUUGCCGUCAAAACUGCCCUUGUGACCGUCGGCCUCGUUGUUCUCUUUCACAGAAGCUGCGGCCAGUACAAGACUCUGCCUCAGAAUGCUCCAGAGUGGCACUGCGUCCCCAAUGUAUCUGCAAGCAAAAGGUCUUCUUCCCCUACGGAGGACAGCUGGAUGUGCUGUCCAGAGGGCUGGAGAUGCUUUCAAGAAAGCUGCUAUUACUUCUCAGCUGAUCGGAUGCCCUGGGAUGAGAGCCAGCAGAACUGCAGUGGGAUGGGCUCCCACCUGGUGGUGAUCAAUACAGAAGCAGAGCAGGAGUUCCUCUUCAGCUCGGUGAAAGGACUAGUUACUAACACCUACGAAACAAAAUAUUACAUAGGCCUGACUGCUCACAAAAAUGGGCAAUGGCAAUGGGUGGAUUGGACUCCAUAUAAUAGGAUGGCCUCGUUCUGGAAACCUGGAGAACCCAAUUUACUCUUUGCAGAAAAAUGUGCUGCAAUUCAUGUCAAGGGAAACACGGACUCCAACACGUACAGUAACUGGAACAACAUCCUUUGCUCUACAAGUUGCUAUCGAAUUUGUGAAUUGGCAGUCAAAUUUGUCUGAGGAAGGUGUCCUGGUUUUGGUUGGGAUGAAGUUAAUUUUCUUCAUUGUAGCUUGUAUUGUAGCGGAACAGUCUCUCCCUUGGAAAAGAAGAGGUAUUGUCUAAGUUUAUUUAAGGAUCCCCAUAAUCAACUAUCAUUUAUGUAGCACAGGACAAAAAGUAAUCCAUGUUCAAUGUUUAACCUAGGCUCCAUUUGAUCAGGGGCAAAAUGCUCUUUCUGGAAGAAAGAAUGGAAAGGAGGCAACAGAAAGUAGCCUUAAGUUGUCCUUAGGUGAUGUGACCACAUAUGGAUAAAAAGGGUUAGGGUACUUCAUCAGGGAAGACCACUGAAGAUCACCAAGGACCCCCAAAGAAAAGGAGGCAUGAGCAGAAGGGCCUGAAAAGGACCCAAGAAGGAUGAUGCCACAGAAUUAUGUAACUCAUGUAGAUUAGCAUUAAUAUGUAUUGAAUUGAUAGAAUAUGUAUGAAUUUACUGUAGCAAAGAAACCAGCACUGGGCGUGCUUGACUUAUGGAAAAUCCACCAAGCACCCAGGCCUGAAUAAA